AUGUCAUCCAGUGUACAAUCUGGGGUCAUCACACUUCUUCAUACGGCAUGCGGGGCUGGUAUCCUUGCAAUGCCUUAUGCUUUUAAACCCUUUGGAUUGAUUUUGGGUUUGUCAAUGAUUAUAUUCUGCGGCUUGUGUUCCUCUACGGGGUUAUAUUUACAAUCAUACGUGUCGAAAUACGUUCCUCCUGGACAUGCCUCGUUUUUCACUCUUUGCAGAUUAACUCGUCCUGAAUUGAGCGUCGUUUUCGAUGCUGCAAUUGCUGUUAAAUGUUUUGGGGUCGGAGUUUCAUAUUUGGUGGUCGUUGGAGAUUUGUUACCACAGAUAAUGUCCACGUUUACAACCCAUGGGUGGCUCUUAUCACGCCAGUUUCACAUCACUGCAGUUACGUUGAUCAUCGUGACACCGUUGUGUUUCAUUAAGAAGUUAGACUCUUUAAGGUACACUUCUUCCAUUGCAAUUACAGCAGUUGGGUACUUAUGCGUAUUAGUUGUCUUCCAUUUUGCCGUUCCAAAUAGCGAAAUCGACCAUUUAAGAGGCCAUGUUAGCAUCUGGAAACCCAGUGAUGUGGAUUCAUCCAUGCUAAGCAGUUUUCCAAUUUUCGUUUUCGCGUAUACUUGCCAUCACAACAUGUUUUCCAUCAUCAAUGAACAAUCAGACAAAUCUUUAGACAGUAUAACGAAAUUGAUUAGGAUUGCCAUUACGCUAGCAAUGUCUUUGUACAUUUCCAUUGGAGCGCUAGGUUAUUGCACCUUCGGUGAUCAUAUUACUGGUAACAUUAUCACCUUAUACCCAAACUCCAUUUCCAGCACCAUCGGUAGAAUAGCUAUAGCAUUGUUAGUGAUCCUUGCCUUCCCGCUACAAUGUCAUCCAGCUAGAGCAUCUGUCAAUCAUAUCUUACAUUACUUCUCCAAGGGGAACACCCAUCCCCCAAUGACAACCACAAGUGCAGAACAAAACAGUCUAUUACGGGACUCUGAACUCGAAUCUAGCGAACAGUUAACCUACGAAUGCGAAGACGAAUUAAUUGAAGAAAACAGCGCUAAUCAGCCUCCAGUAGUAACGUUAGAAGGCCCUAGAUUCAUCUUUAUCACGUCUGGAAUCCUAUUAUUUUCGUACAUCCUCGCUAUGAGUGUUACGUCGCUAGCAAACGUUUUGUCAAUAGUAGGAGCAACCGGAUCCACUUCUAUAUCCUUCAUCUUACCUGGAAUAUUUGGCUACAAGUUAAUCGCAUCGGAGUACGCCAAAUCCGUUGUACCACCAGCAAAAGAACGAAUCUUGAGAAUUAUCUCAUUGUUACUUGCUAUUUGGGGAUUCAUCGUCAUGAUAACUUCACUAAGUGCUACCAUAUUUCUACAUGCGACACAUUGA